AUGGGCGUGAGUCUCGACAUGACCUCUCCCGAGAAGCCCCCAGGAAACAGUCAGACACGGGGUUCGGAUGACGAGCUGGCGAGCCUAGCAACCUCGUCGAGCCGUCACGAUGGAAACGCGAGCCCCGUCAUCAAGGGUCGCUUCCUUCGGGAGCCGUUCGCCUCGGCUCGCUCGCCGUCCCAGAAUUCCUUUCGGCUCACCAUGCCCCUCAUCUCUCCCGGCCAGCUUGCCUUCUCCGCCCUGCGGUACCUGCCCAUGCCGACCGUCGUCCUGAACAGCCUCAAGACCGUCGUCCUCGCCAACGAGGCCAUGGGCAGAAUGCUGGGCAUCAUCGCCGACGACUCCGACCAGGAUGCGACUGCCACCGUCGAACACCUCCGCGGACAGACUCUGUCGCAGGUCGGCAUCGACAUGCUGCAGGACGGCCGCCCCGUCUGGAUAUCGUGGGAGGCCUUCCUCGACUCUCUCAUCCAAGACAUCGCCGUUCGGCCACCGUCCCACGGGGAGUGGAAGGGGCGAGAAUGCGGCUCCGACGACGGCGAUGCCACCCCAACCAAGGCACCCUUGACCGCCGACGGCUCGACGGGCCCAUCCGGCCGGACCCGGCAGGACGUCGUCGUCGAUGUCGUCAUCAGCCGCAAGGAUAUCGGCAAGACCACCUUCGACAGCCGGUACAAGUCCAAGGAGUCCGAGUACCAGGCCUUUGCUAGGAUGAUCAUCACCAUCUGGGAGGUCGAGGAUCGCCAGACAUUCUUCACCCUGACCUUUACAAACACCGAGUCCUCGCCACCGCCGCCGCCCGCCAACGCCCGGAAGUAUGUUGCGAGGCCAAACACCCUCGAGGCCGUCGACCGGCGAUCCAUCCCGCACUCGAACCCUUCCUCGGGCCCCUCGAGCCGGGAAUCCAGCUCGCCUUGCUAUCACAGCCCGAGCGUCGUCACCGUCUCGUCGAGCCCUUUCCCCCCGAUGGGCCCCCCGGCCGUCGCGUCCCACUCGAGCGCGCCCUCCCUCCUGCAGAAGAUGAUCUUGAUGAAGGAUGCCAUCCUGGACAACACGCGGAUGCCCAUCCUGGUUGUUUGGAAGGAUGGCAGCGUCACCUUUCCCAACAAGGCCGCGAAGCUACUGCUGUCGGUCGACGCAGACCUGGACAGCCUUACCGACGGCUUCGAGCUCAUCAAGCAUUGGCACCUGUGGACCGAAGAUUUCUCCCGCCAGUUGGAUGUAAGCGAGUACCCCAUCUCGAUUCUCCUCAGGACCGAGCGUCCCUUCGCCAGCAUCCGCGUCGGUAUGUACGACCGGGACGGCAACAAGGUUGUUUUCGACGCCCUCGGCGAGGCAAUCCGCGACAACACGACCGGCCAGUUUCUCGCCGGCGUCAUCACCGGACGCGACGUCACCACGAUAACGGAGGAGAUAACCCUGAUCAAGGAGCGCGAUGACGAACGUUUCAAGCUUAUCUGCGAUACGAUGCCCCAGUUGGUAUGGACGGCCACGCCCGAGGGAGUCCACGAUUUCUUUAACACGCGAUGGUAUACGUUCACUGGCCUGACGCCCGAAGAGUGCCUUGGUGAGAACUGGAAGAUACCAUUCCACCCGGACGACGAGCCCGAGGCGUUUGCGCGGUGGCGGCACUCGCUGAAAACGGGCCAUCAGUAUCAGAUGGAGUACCGCUGUCGUGGCAACGACGGCGAGUGGAGAUGGUUCCUCGGACGCGCCCUUGCCGUCCGCAACAAGGACACUGGGAAGAUUGAAAAGUGGUUUGGAACAUGUACCGACAUCCACGAGAGCAUGCAGACCAAGCUGAAUGCCAGGCGGACCCGGCAGCAGCUUCUGAGUGUCAUUGCUCACUCGCACGUCACUAUCUUCACCGUCGACCCCGGCCUCCGGGUGACCAUGCUCGAAGGCGCGUUGAUAUGGAACAAGACCUACGAAGAGAAUCACGACGGCAGCCGAUGGUACAUCGGCGAAAAUAUGUACAAGGUCUUCAACCGCCUUACCGACCAGCUGCAGGAGGGCGAGCGGCCAGAGUUCCUGCGUCCCAUCGAGGAUAUCCUCCACGCCAAGUCCACCGAGGAUGUCAAGGAGCAUGCCAUCGACGAUCGAUUCUACCGGACCCGCUUUCUGCCCAUGUAUGGCAAGAAGGCCAAGGACGGAAAGUUGACGAGCGAGAGCUGUAUAGAAGGCGUAACCGGCGUUAUCAUGGAUGUGACCGAGCUGAAGGAGAGAGAGGAAGCGAUCCGGGAGCAAUCAAGGGAGAAGCGUCGAGCGAUGGCGAACGAGGCUGCCGCGAAGGAAGCCAAUAGACUCAAAAGUCAGUUCUUGGCCAAUAUGUCCCACGAGAUCCGGACGCCAAUCACCGGUGUCCUGGGCAUGGCCGAGCUCCUGAGCGACAUGGAUCUGGACGAUGAGCAACGCGACUACGUCGAUAACAUCCAGAGCUCCGCGACGUCCUUGUUGACCGUCAUCAACGACAUCCUGGAUUUUUCCAAGGUCGAGUCUGGCCGUCUGGAUUUUGAAGAAGUUCAGUUCUCGCUCUCGCUCAUCGUUAAGGAGGUAGGACGGAUGCUGCGCUUCGCCGUCGAACGAAAGAACCUCGACUUUCGAUCAGACAUAGGCAGCGAUAUUGCGAACGACAUGGUUGUCAUCGGCGACCCUGGUCGCCUUCGCCAGAUCAUAACGAAUCUCUUGACCAACAGCAUCAAGUUCACCAACCAGGGCUACGUAAGGUUUUCGGUAGUCAAGGAGAAGGAGACGACCGACUCCGUCGAGAUCAGAUUCACAAUUGAAGACUCCGGAAUCGGCAUCCAGGAAGACGUACGCAGGAGGCUUUUCCAGCCGUUCAGCCAGGGAGACGCAUCGACCGCACGUCGGUUCGGCGGAACUGGCCUUGGCUUGACCAUCUGCAAGAACUUGCUGGAUUUAAUGCGCGGCCGCAUCACGCUGGAAUCGACGGUCGGAACGGGAACGACAGCAACGUUCUGGGUUCCGUUCAACAAGCCACAGGGGCCGCGAGACCCGAGCCUCGUGCAGGUAAUGGCCAUGUCCGACCGGCUACAGAGCUUGUCGUGUAACAGCUCGGAGUACGACCAGAUCGCUGGUGUGCAGAAGGGGACGGACGGCGCGGCAGCCUCUGCGGCACUCACACGCAGGCGCCAUCACCGACGGGCGUCGCCGUGUGUCGAAAGGGAGCUGCCUCAGUCGGAGCGAGCAGGGAUAUAUAUCCUCGUCGUCGAGGACAACCCUGUUAAUCAGAUGAUUGCCAUAAAGACGAUCUUGAAACUUGGCUUUCGGGUCACAGCCGUUUGGAACGGAAAGGAGGCGUUGGACUACUUGAUGGGCGUCUCCCGAGGACAAAACGUCAAACCAGACAUCAUUCUUAUGGAUGUCCAGAUGCCCAUCGUUGACGGCUACAAGUGCACACACCUGCUGCGUUACCAUCUUCCCUACAAGACCAUUCUGCAAGAUGUUCCGAUUGUGGCGAUGACGGCGUCGGCCAUUUACGGGGACCGGGAGAAGUGCACGCGGGCCGGCAUGGAUGACUAUCUUGCCAAGCCCGUGAAGAUGUCCAUCCUCGAGAGGAUGCUCAUACGAUGGAGCCUGUCGCGGAGGCGAGCGCCGUGCUCUUACGAUGCCGUCGCCUCGGACUGCUCGGAGAUGAGCGAGCACUGCGACAACGCCGACAUACCGCACAUCGGACUCGAGGACGAGAUUUUGUCUGGGUCGGACAGACGUGGCGAAAAAUACAGCAGCCCCCUGAACCUAGAUGUUUCCCAGCCGCCCUCGACGUCUGGGCGGCGCGAGCCGUCGCCCCUUGGCACCCUCGUUAUGACCGAGCUCGCUCCUCAGAUACGACGGCAAGAGGGCGAGGAGGAGCUGACAAGCCUACUUCAAGAGAGCAAGUUGAUCGACGCGGCUGGUGGGCCGCCGAACCUGAGAAGCAAUGCGCUCCAUGAGCCUAGCCACGGAGAAGCCCUGACAGAGGAGAAUAUGACUAAGCUGGAAAGCGAGACGAGCAACCUCGACAACAAAAUUGCCUGA